CUGUUUGAUUCUAGAAGUAGGAAGUUGAUCCGUCAUUUUAACUUUGCCUACAAAUAAACCCCCCAAUUGUAACCGAUCCCAUUCUUCCAUAUUUAAUUCAGAUCUCGUUUUCAAUUUCCCCCUCUUCCUCCUUCCACCGACAUGUCCGAGCCACAGAUCACUGCCUCGUCUCCGCCGCCGGAAGCAGAGCCUAAAGAACCCACUGAAUCGCCCAAGCCCUUCGGUACCAAAUUCAGCAUAUGGCCCCCAACGCAGCGCACUCGCGACGCCGUCAUCAGCCGUCUGAUUGAAACGCUUUCCACCCCUUCCAUUCUCUCCAAGCGUUACGGCACCAUCCCGCCGGAUGAGGCCGCCGCCGCCGCAAGGCUUAUCGAGGAGGAGGCGUAUCUCGCCGCCGGUGUCUCUCCCGCCACCGAGGACGACGGCAUCGAGAUUCUCCAGGUCUACUCCAAGGAGAUCAGUAGGCGUAUGCUGGAGACGGUGAAGGGUAGAGCCAUUCCGGUGGCUCCGGCGGAGAAUGGGGAGUCGGAGGCCCCAACGCCGCCCGUUGCGCCCAGUGAGGAAACCCCAACUUUUGAAAAUUGAAUCUUGAAUUUGAAUUGUAGGGUUUUUGGCUUUUAAUGUUAUUACAGUUUACAAUUGGCUUUGGGGGUAUUGUUAUUUGUUACCCUGUUUCGAGGCUCUUUUAUUGGAGAAUUUCGCUCACAGUCACAGGAUGUGAUAAUUAUUGUUUGUUUUCUCCACAAAAAUGCCUGGGAAUUGGAAUUCCAUAAUGUCUUUCUUUCCCAUUGUGGCCUCUUCUUGAAUGUAAUGAAAAGUGGAAGUUUGGAGAUAUCUGUUCUGAUGAGCAUAUUCUAGUAUGUGUAUGGCUUCAAUCUU